UCUCAGCUGCAGAAGCUGGCAUCACCUCCUGCACUCUACACACUUCUUCUCAUUCAAGACAGACAAGUUCCACUCCUGCAUUACUGAAGACCGUCUUCAGCCUUCCGGCACCUUCGGAUCGCCCUUCCACUUUCCAGCGCAGUGUCUCACCGAGUAUCACUACAGAGAGGAGAUUAAUUGUGCUGAGAAGGAUCAGGAAGCUUGGAGUUUGCUCUGUCCGGUAGCUCACAGCAGCGGCCAUGACCAAAAGCACCGGGGAGAACCCGCGCUCUCGCAGUCGGGUGCAGAGGAUCCGUGAGGACAUCCAACUGCGCUCCCUGAAGGCCAGGAAGAAAGUAGAGGACAUCACCAAAGACGACGUUAAGACCUUCUUGAGGAGGAAUGCCUUUGUGCUCUUCACCAUUGGGGCAGUUGCUCUUGGCAUCAUACUUGGAUUUGCCCUGCGGCCAUAUAAGAUGUCCUACAGAGAGGUGAAAUAUUUCUCCUUUCCCGGAGAGCUCUUAAUGCGCAUGCUCCAGAUGUUGGUCCUCCCCUUGCUGGUGUCCAGUCUGGUCACAGGCAUGGCAGCACUUGACAGUCGGUCUUCAGGGAAGAUGGGGAUGCGAGCAGUGGUGUACUACAUGACUACCACAUUCAUCGCUGUGUUCAUUGGAAUCAUCAUGGUCCUCAUCAUCCACCCUGGCAAAGGCUCCAGAGAAGAGUUUACAAAGCAGCACAAAAUUGAGCAAGUCAGCCCAGCUGAUGCUUUCUUGGACUUGAUCAGAAACAUGUUUCCACCCAACCUGGUUCAAGCUUGCACACAGCAGUUCAAAACCAAAUACGGCAAAAGAGUUGUACAUGUGAAGGUGAUAGUGAAUGACAGCAUUUUCAAUCUGACCAACGUGACCCAAGAGAUAGCUCAGGAAGAGAUCAUCCCAAUCCCUGGCACUACAAAUGGAGUCAAUGCCCUCGGGCUGGUCGUAUUCUCUAUGUGCCUCGGCCUGAUCAUUGGAAAUAUGAAGGAGGAAGGCCAAGCACUCAGGGACUUUUUCAACUCCCUCAACGAGGCCAUCAUGCGUCUGGUCGCCAUCGUCAUGUGGUAUGCACCAAUCGGUAUCCUCUUUUUGAUCGCUGGCAAAAUCGUGGAAAUGGAUGACAUCACUGAAAUGGGAGGGCAACUAGGCAUGUACACUGUGACGGUCAUCAUAGGCCUCCUAAUCCAUGGCAUGAUUAUUCUACCCACUCUCUUCUUUGUCAUCACCCGAAAAAACCCCUUCAUCUUUAUCACUGGCUUAUUGCAGGCCCUAAUCACCGCCUUGGGAACAUCGUCCAGUUCAGCCACUCUGCCCGUUACAUUCAAGUGCUUAGAGGAGAACAAUAAAGUUGACAAGAGGGUGACCCGCUUUGUGCUGCCAGUUGGCGCUACCAUCAACAUGGACGGAACAGCACUGUACGAGGCGCUGGCAGCCAUCUUUAUCGCACAGGUCAACAACAUGGAGAUGAACUUUGGACAGAUCAUAACUAUAAGCAUCACAGCCACAGCUGCCAGUAUCGGUGCUGCUGGAAUCCCCCAGGCUGGACUGGUCACCAUGGUCAUCGUGCUGACCUCUGUGGGCCUCCCCACUGACGACAUCAGCCUCAUCAUCGCCGUUGAUUGGUUCCUGGACCGACUGCGCACGACGACCAAUGUGCUGGGUGACUCUAUAGGAGCAGGCAUCGUGGAGUUCCUGUCCCAAGAUGAGCUGCAGAACAGCGAUUUGGAGAUGGGCAACUCUGUAUUGGAGGAAAAUGAGGUGAAGAAGCCUUACCAGAAGAUUCCUCAAGAGAACGAAUACGAGAACAAGAAACCUCCAGACAGCGAAACAAAGAUGUAGUGACUCCCAGAGUCCUAUUGUGGUGUUUGUACCCAAGGAUGGAUUUCUUUGUGUGUGUGUGUGUGUGUGUGUGUGUGUGUGUGUGUGUAUGUGUGUGUGUGUGUUAUUCCUUUUUUCAUUGCCUACUUUUGGAACCACCAUUCCUUCAUGUUUAAUUUCUUGUAUCCCUGUCACAUGUUCAAUGAUUCCUCAUUUGACAUUAAUCAUCAGUUGUGAAUCAUUUUAAAAUUUAUUUUAAGACUUAUUGGUUAUAUCAUGACUGGACAUGCGGUAGGAAGGAAAUUGGAGUCCUGAUGGAAUUUGAAGGUUUAGACAGGAAAGAAAGACGGUGGACUAUAGAAAGUAAAAUAGCAAUUUGACUUGUGAUUAAAGAAAAGUGAUGUUUAACCUGAAGAGUGUAAAGUAAAAAAGAGCUGAAUGGAAACUAAAGGGUCGUGUCACAUAAAUGAAUAGCAGCCAGUGAUAUAUGCACAAAAUUUAGUAUAUUGAUGAUUUUUGAUCGAAUGGAAGAAAUUAUGUGAUUGGUCAUUGCAUUUGGGUUAGACUAAAAUUACAGGCGGUCCAGUCGAUAUUUUUGGCUUCUAACAUCCAGCAGUAAAAUAAUAAAAAAAAAUGUGUUUAUUAAACUCAAUAGAAACACCUACUUGCCCCAGUGUGUUGCCCCUGUGUUUAAAACUACGUUUUGUCUGUUUCUAGUGAGGAUUCAACUAGCUUUAUAAGGCUUUGAUUUAUUCACUCAGUCAAAAAAAUUUUUCUUUUACCUUUUGAUUCAUUUUUUCUUUGUACUUACCUUGUCUUUAUUGUAAUGCUGGAGGUAUCAGAAUGUUCACAGUAUUUUGAUACACAUUACCGGUUACAGUGUUAAUUUCCCUCGUUCAUCUCUAGGAACAUCCUGGUAGCACACUUGAAACACUCAAAUGCUACCCCUUUGCUGCCAUUUGCUAACAUAGAUUCUAUUAUAUAAAUAGUAUAUUACAUAGUCGUAGUUUUGGAGAGUUAAAUGUAGAUAUUGUGAAUGAGAUUGUGAAGCCUCCUGCAAGAGACUGCACUGAGCUGGAACAGUCAUUUCAAGAAGAAAGAUAAAUUCAGGAUCCGACACCACAGACACAAUCAUGCUGAGCGCCUACUAACUCACUCAAAAAGAAACUGUGAUUUUGCUUCUUUUGUGAUGUGUCUAUGGGGAUUUCGUUCAUCUUACUGGUUAUUUGCCCCUUAGAUCCACACACACAUAUACAAAAAAAAUACUGUGUGGUUUCAAACUACAUGGAAUAAAUUAAACUGUAGGUUUGUCUAUGGUAAAUAUAGUUUUGAAUAAAAUUGAAAA